AUGCAAUUGCAACAAAUGCAGAUGUUGCAAAUGGCUUCUAGGGAUCCUGUUGCAUACUAUCAGCAAAUAUCGCAAACAUUCGGUCAACCGAUGGCAACAGCUCUUCUGGCUCAGAUUCAAGCUAUGCAGCAGUUACCCACCUCUCAGGCUCAGCAGUAUUUGAUGGAACUGCAGAGACAACAACAAAUAAAGCAAGAAGCCGUUGCAACUGCGUCGCCUUCUCCGCAACCGAACCCACAUCUUCAACAACAGCAAGAGCGUGAACGACUUCUAAAAGAGUCUCAGUUGCGAGUGCUGCGUGAGCGUGAAGUGCUACAGGCGCAACAACAGGCGCAUGUCCAGUCUACUCAACAGCAACAGGCCGCAGUCCUCUAUGCCGCGCAGUACCGACAGCAAUUGCUACAGCAGCAGCAGCAGCAGCAGCAACAACAACAACAACAGCAGCAACAACAACAACAACAACAACAACAACAACAACAUCAAAUCGCAUCUCAGGCAUCACCAGCACUUUCUCAACCUCCAUCGGUAUCGUCUGCUACUAUAACUCCUCAAAUUAUAACAAUACAACAGGAGCGAAAGAGCGUAGCAGUACCACCGCAGCCGCGUGCAGUGGAGAGUACAGUGCAUACUGUAAUUCCGUCAAUGCCUGGUGCAACUCCUUCUCCAUCUGGAUCUACUUCAACACCAGGGCAUCAUGUUGAUGUUGCAAAGGUUAGUCUUCGCAGUGCUAAAUUACUUAGUCCUAAACUUUCACUACUGUAG